UCGCAAGAAAACCCACUCGUUGGCCUCGUGGACAUCAUUCUCAACCCGCAAUCUGCAAUUCUCAAGCCUUGGCAAGGCAAGCUAGGAAGGCAGUAGAGCAACUGGGAAUGAGCUCAUGCGACCAUGACACGCUCCUAGCAGAAAUGGCGGACGAUUUCGAUCAGUGGUUCGAGUCGAGCAACCCCUCAACCGAUCACGACACGCCUCCUCAGCCGUUAGUAGCUGGCGAAACGCCAGCAUGCACUCGCUGCUCUGCCUGCAGCUGCAUGAUUUGCCCGGCGGCAACAUCCAAGCAGAUAGACAAUAGCGGCCCAUCACCGGCUGAAGCAGUACCACCAGCGCGUGCAGUUUCUCCGAAGCCGGGAAAUGCGCCAUCCGUCGAGACCCCAAUGGUUACAUCCCUCCGAACCACGGCGGCGGUUUCUGCCACGCCACCAACUCCCACACCCCGGACUGUCCCCCCCGCUAGUGCAGCCGCUCAGCCGGCGUCAGUAACGUCGCCGGCGACUUCCAGCCAGCAGUUUCUCAUCGCCGGCAAGGUUCAGGAGGCCAUCCGUCAGAUGCUCUCCGUUCACCAGGGCCAGGCCGUCCCCAUUCCGUCGAUUCCCACCCCGUCGUCCGUCUUAGGCGUCGCAGGGAUCGCUAGCGGCGUCGCAGGAGUCGCAGGGAGCGGCAGCAGGUCGCACCCAAUCAGCCCCUUGCGAAGCCGCGCGGCGAUUACGGAGUGGAACAAGCCGCAGAUGGCGGUCGAUCGCAGUGCCAGCAGCAGCGGAGGGGGACCCGCCGCACCUGGCGCUCGCGGCAGUGGCGGCGGGAGCAACGCGAGUAGCGGGCAGAACACGAGUGGCGGCGGGGGCAACGCUCUGGCUGUGCCGUAUCGCGGUGUUCGGUACCGGCCGUGGGGUCGGUGGGCGGCGGAGAUUCGCGACGCCGGCGGGCGGGGGCGAGUGUGGCUGGGCACGUUCGACACUCCCGAGGAGGCGGCUCGCGCGUACGACGAGGCCGCGCGGGAGAUCCGCGGACCCAAGGCGCAGCUGAACUUCCCCAAGGAGCCUCCCAGGGCGCAGCUGAGUUUCCUGAACGACCCUCCGCUCUCCGCUCCUCUUUCUGCGUCGAAUCGGCAGGCCCACUUGGUCGUCCAAGCCGUGUCGCACGCUCAGCCGCAACCGCCGCCGCAGCAGCAGGUGCAGCCGCCGCCGCCGCCGCAGCAGCAGCAGCAGCCGCCGCCGCCGCAGCAGGUGCAGCCGAUCCAGCAGUAUCAGGCGCAGCCGCUAUCCGCGCUUCCGCCCCGUACACCCCAGUCCGCCCCUCAGCAGACCUCCGUCUUCUCCCCCCUCAUGCUUCCCCGCGCUGCCAUCGUCCAGCCAAGCCCCGCGCCCUCUGCGGCGAUCCCCCUACUCUCCAACACCUCUGUCCCGUCCACGUGCGCAACUACCUCUAGCAGCGCGCCUGCCGCAACAGCGGUCCCCGCUGUUUCACCUUCGCCGCUUGCUGCAGCACCCGCCGCCCCUCUUGCGCUUCUUGCGCCCACGCGGGUGUCGAAUUCCGCGCAGAAGCCCAAAGCGCUGCUGCAUCUUCCCUUCCUCAACCAGCAUGUGUCGCAGCAGCACGGUGCGAUCGCGAGGACUAGUACCGUCGCAGCCCAGAACGCUCAUCUAGCAGCCCCUGCACAUUCCUUGGGCCCACACAACACUACGCCCAUCUCCUCAACCCCCAGCGGGCCUGCGUCCCCUCAGCCCCCCUGCGCACCUUCCCCCUGUACGCCUUCCCCCGUCCCCGUGACGCGCAAGCGUUCCGCCAUGGAGACGGUCCCCGAGGCUGUGGAGGGGAGGCCGGGCCUGCGCGAGCUGCGCGACAGCUCCGCUGCUGGCGCCGCUGUUGGCGUUGACGCGGCCCCUCCAAGCUCGUUCCACCGCCCGGCUCCCGUGACUCCCGCGACUCCCGCGACUCUCACGACUGCGACCACUACCGCUGCGCCAGCCGUCACGAAUCGCAGUUGGAAGCAGCCGCCGCAGAUUCACACCACUCCGCAGAUUCCAUCCGCUGCCGUGCAUCCGUCCGUCUCCAUCGCCUCGUGGACGUCCGAGCCGAAUCUCCCGCGCAACAGGACGGCGCAGCGAGCCGCAUCCGACGGCGGUGGCGCAUUCGGCUCCGUCGCUGGUUACUCGCGUGGUUACCAGCGCGGCGACUGGGGAGACGGGGAGACCAUGGAGGCUGACGUGGACGAGGAUGAUUGGAUGGCGCAGGCCGGGGGAGACCCGUUCGGGUUCGGAACAUUUGGGCCUCCGGGGAAAAAGGCCAAGUCGGAGGGGCAUAGGCCGUGGGGGGUGGGGGCGGGGAUGGGCGCGGAAGGGGGAAGCGAUGCGGAUGGGUACAGGGAGGUACAGCGGGCGACGGAUUAUGGGGCGGCAGUAGGCGACUGUGACUAUAAGAAGAGCUGGUGGGAGGAGGCAUUGAUGACGGACGACAUCCCGGAAAGAGCGGCGGACGCUAAGGCCGUGGCGCUUACAGAGGAGAGCUCGGGGCGGCGCGAUUUGAAGCCAGCUGUCGGCGGUAGCUGCCCGGAAGGUGCUGUGGAGCCAGCUUCUGCUGCUGCUGCUGCUGCUGCUGCUGCCGCGGGCAGCGCAGACGCAGCUUUACGCGCGAGUACGAGUGACUGUAUCAUGCGUGAUGAUAGCGGGAGGGCUGUGGAAGCCGAAGUUGCUGCCCAAGCGGUGCUCGAGAACCUGCCAGCUGGAUUUGCUACGACUAUUGUUAAGACGACAGCUGGACCCGUCGCAACGUCAGCUGAAGCUGACGUGGAUUGGCCAGCAGGUGAGCUGGAAGGAGUCAUUCCAACAUUCCUCUUGUCCAAUGAGGACGGUCUCAGCCUUGGGCUGGAGGAAGCGAUGGAAGCGCCUCCCGCGGUUGCAGCAGCGCCAGCAAUGGCAGCAAUGCCAAUGGCAGCAGCAGCAGCUGCUGUGCACAACGACAUUUUUAUGGCUGGGGAAUUUCCAAUAGCGGAAAUGGCGGAGCCUUCGAUUUUACCUGACAUUGUUCCCGAGCAGAAUUUCGGCUCGACUUUCUGGGUGGAGCCAGGAAAUGACAAUUUCUUUCGGUGUGACAGUAUCGAGGGGGAGGAGUACGCGGCUGUGGGCGAGGAAGACAUGCCCAGCUCGUCUGACGGCGCCGUCAGCUUCAGCUGCCGGUCAACGGGCAUGGACAGCUUCUUUAGUUCGUCGUUGCCGUCAAGCUGCAGCGAUCGUGACGUUUUGACGGGUUUCGGGUUUUUGGGGGCUGGCAGCUGCGGGGUUCCCUCGUUAGAAGCAUCGGCGACGAGCACCGCGCCGAACAAUCACCAUGCGCUACACUCAAGCAUGUCCAGCCACGGCAAGGCUCCCAGCAGCAGGCGGCCCGAAGGUCUGUACGCGCUGGAAGGUUGCGAGUAGUUGUAAUAGGUGGCGUUACAGUUCAACUUUCCAUUAUGAUUUGUGUAAUUUAGAAAAGUGUUCUGGUAGUCUGUGAUGUCAUGUAGUAUAAAUGAAUUGACAUGGUUAGGAUAAAAAUACACCAAUUUAUCACAUCUUACAGAAUCUGCAGAAUUACUCUAAUGUCUUAGGAGUUUUGGAAGACAAAGUCGCCUCCAUUAUCCUUACCAUACCUACC